AUGGCGGAACAGUAUGAAAUAUAUCAACGAGGUUUCAAUUUGUUUGACAGCGAUGAUGACGGUGCGUUACAAGGUAAACAGUUAUGUAGUGCCAUCUCCACAGUGUGUUGCACAACUAACCGUUGUGUUAGUGAACGUGAAGUGGUGGAUAUACUGCGUCGCCUUAAGAUCAAUAUAGGUGCCGUUGUGUAUUAUUUGGAAUAUCUCGAGGUGCUAGAUGCCGUGCUGAAGGAAAUAAAUUAUCGCGAUAUGUUUGAAGUGUUAGACAGGGACAGAGAUGGAUUUGUAUCGGCUAAUGAGAUACGUCAAUCUUUUCUUGAAGUGGGUGAACCUCGUUUAACUGAUAAGAAACUUGCAAGUUUGAUGCAUUCGCUUGAUGUUGACGGUGAUGGGCUUGUUAAUUACAAUGACUUUGCUAUGAUGAUGCGCAAGACUGAAACAUUAUUGAAGAAAUAA